UCUUCUGCUUAUGUCGUUGUUAUGAAAAGUGGCAGAAAUUUUUUCAGUCUGCUUUUCAAAGAAUGAGCACGUGUAUAACGGAAGCCAACUGGAUGGAAGAAGCUUGUUUUUGUGCUAUAAAUCAAAAGGAUGCUGAAUUAGGAAGUGUGUAGGAUAUUUAAGAGCGAUGAGGAUGGAUAUUUCUGAGUUUCUUUGUUUUCUCAAAUUGAGCUGAAAUUGAGCUGAAACUGAGUUGCUAAUCAAAAUGAUACACAAUAAAUUUGAAGUUGCUAAUCUCCAUUUAAGAGUCGAUAUAUUGGAAAGGCAGAUUAUGUUAUACGAAAACAGACAGAGUGUGUUCAAGCAUGAAUUAAUCAGUGCUAAGCGUGAAUUUCGAAACAGGAACGACACAGCUGGAGUUGUUGAAAAUCUAAACCAGCGUACUUAUGAGAGCUACUAUGAAAAGGUUGCAGAUGAGCUAAGGCAGUUGGAGGAGAGAACCAUUAGAAGAAGCAUAAACAGUCAUAUCAAGGACACCAACGAGAGCCGUCAGAAGAUUGUUCCACUCACUAACUUUGAGGGAGAAUAUCCUCCUUCUGGUAUACUUCCUAGGACAGUUAGCGAGCUCAAGAGAAUCUCGAACGACGACUUGAAAGAGGUUCUUUCGCACUAUCGAUUGGUUCAUUCACUUACCCCAGACCCGUACAACAUGAGCACCGAAGAUUUGUGCGACGUAAUUGGCUGCAUGACGGAUCGUGAGCUGGACCGGCAUUUCGUCAUCAUGGCCGACUACCUCGGAGUGAGGGUUAAGAGAAACGGGAUAUCCGACCGCAAUCCAGAUCCCGUUUGCGUUCCCGUGACCGACAGCGUGUCAUCCAUGGGUGUGGAUCUCUAGCGCUGCACCAGUGCAGCUGCGGCGUCUGCCGGGCCGUGGUUAUCUUUGCAAUCAGUGUCUGAAACAUCGGGCGUAAUUCCCAAAACGGCAGUUCUCAAAGCGGUCAAUCUCCCCAGCCUUAGUAAUUGUUAAUAAUCGUGCGUAAUGGCUAAACGUCGCUCAUAGGCCCGAGCUCUGCUCC